GGCGAAUAACCUGUGAAGGAAGACCUCACCCACAGCGGUGAGAAAAAGUGGAUUGAAGUCAGCGACCAUGGAUGCCACUUUAUACAAUUGUGUAAACUUGUGCAUUAUUUAGGAACAUUCAUAAAGGACCAAUAUCAUUGAUGAUUUACAAAAUACCAAGGAAAUGUUUUACAAAAGGUUCGCACAUGCUGCUGUAAUAGAAGUAAGUGAACACUCUGCUGUCACUAUUACAUGCGAUCUUAACGUCCAAUAUCCAACAUGGACUGGCCCAGAUGGACUAGCAGACCCUCUUACAAGCGGACAAACGAUAAAUGAAGCGGGCAUGGAGUGGGUGAACAAUAAAGAUAUCACGAUUGAAAAUGCAAUGCUAAAACAUGACGGCAAUUAUACGUGUUCAGAUAAUAAUGGUAACACUAAGACCGCUGAAGUUGAUGUUCAAUACUUUUCAGCUUCGGCCGAUAUAUCUGUUGCUUCACCACAGAAUAGAACAGCAGUGUUUACUUGUGAAUGUCAUAGUAACCCACCUUGUAAAAUAGUUCCUCAUGUUUUUUCGCACAGCGUGCCUGAUAGUGCGCCUACUCACACAAUAUUCAAUCCUUGCGAACCAGAUCCAACUCGUCAAAAUCGAAUGAAGUGUAGCACUAUUGCAACAUUAGGAAUGGCAAAAAAAUAUAACGGUCUCCAACAAAACAGUUGCAAGUUCUCGUACAAAGGCACCGAGAACUUCAGGACGAUAUCUCCAAAAAAUAAAUUCUACUUCCCACCGACAUAUGUCAACAUAACUGGAGAGAAAGAUGGUAACAUCGUGACCCUGAACUGUACAACCGAUUCGUCGAAUCCAGUAGCUGUGUUAAGCUGGUAUAAGGGGGAGAAAGAUGUAGCCUCAGAUAACUUUAGGAUCAUAAGCAACUAUCAAAAAGUCAUUGUUGACGCGGAUUAUCAUGGUAAAAAUAAAACGCAAUCUCUCGAUAUCAACGUAGAUAAUGUAAAGGAUGGAGAGAAGGCUUUCUGUUGUGCGGAACAAGUGCAAACCGAGAUCUGUGAAUCUUUUCUAUUAACACCAUUUAGAGAAACAUCUGGUGGUCACAGUUUUACAGGCUGGAUGACUAUGAUUAUUGCUGGCGUCGCUGUCGCAAUCAUCUGAGGAAAUGCCAUUACGUUUUCUUUUUAAAAAUAUCAUGAAUUGACAAUAACAUAAAUGAACUAUCAUCAUUUAUUCAUAUGUUCAUGACUUUAUUUCCAUCAAUUUAUAUUCUAAACCCAAUGUAUCUCUAUUAUUUCCAUUUUAGAUAUAGCGAUAUAUUAUGUUGAUGCAGAUUUUGUAAUUGAUGCAAUUUAUAUAAGCAAGUUAAUAAAUAUAUAUAACAUUGUAAUAUCGUACAUUAUUUCAUUUGUUUAGAUAAAUCAUUUGUAUGUUAAUAGUUGUAAGGGUGUAUUUUGCUUAAAUAUAUUUUAUAUGAAUAAUGAAAAUAUCCAAUGUCAACAACUUUGUUAACAGCUAUUUAGUAAGCUUUACUUGGAAUAUACAAUUUUCUUUAUUAAAAUUUCUGGAUUUGUACAUGUACCAACAUGGUGUUCUCAAAAACUGCCUACUUCUUUUAAGGAAUUACGUAAAACAGAGACCUAGGACAUAACAGAAUAUAGCCUGCAAUCAAACCAAGCAAGUGCUAAAGUUAAUAACUCUACAUAACUUUGAUUUUGUAUUAUCCCCCCUUUGGAUAAAUAAUAUUGCUCUUUAAAAGUACUGAUAUAAUUUUAUUAACAUAUUACACAGUGAUAGAGAUAAGGAUCUACAUGUAAAAUGCAACCGUGCCUAAGGUUUUUUUUCUUUUUAAAUUAUGUCCCUUUAUACUACUUUUAAUGCUUUUUAUACUUUUGAUAAUGAUUUAUAUCCUUUAUUUAUUUAGCGAUGUGCUACAUAUUUUAAAGAAACAUAUCCUAAUGGUCUUGUUUGGUCAUGUGGGUCAAAGUCAAGGUCAUUGAUGAUUAAACUAAUGGUUUUUACUUUGUUGUCCAUGCACCCUUGUCUAUUAUAAUAACUAUCUAUUGUACAAUGUUUAUCAACCUGCAACGUUUCGGGUGUUUAACUCCUUUUCCUCAUGACAAACAAACACCCAAACAAACAAACAAGAACAAAAACACACACAAAA